GUCUCUCUCCUCUGAACACUCUUCUCUCUCUCUCUCUCUCGCCUUCUCUCUCUCUCUCUCUCUCUCUCUCGAUUCUUCUAAUCUCUCUCUCUCGAAAUUAGAGGUUCGAGAUCUUUGUCCCCCAGUCUACAUACGAAUUGUUGAAUCUCAGUUUCAGCAGAAAUGGCUAGAAACUCUAGGGCUUUGUAUUUGAUCUUCUUUUGCUUAUUUUCUUUGUCGAAUUUGUCCACUUCCUUUGCUUACAGGCCUGGAGAUAUCGUGCCCAUGAACAAAAUGAGCCAGUACCACGCCAUGAGAACUACUUGGCAUGAUGUGAUCGGUCGCCAUUGCCCGAUCUUUGCAGUAAAUCGAGAGGUUCUGCUUCCCAUUGCUAAACCUACAGGUUACACUGGCGCUGACCCUUAUAAAUUAUCAUUUCAAAUUGGCAACGAGAAAUUUCUUAUCCCAUGGCUAUUUGUGAUUAAUCGUAAAAGUUCGGAGGUUCCAAUGAUCGAUAUGCAUUUGGGGUACUCAGGCAGUGAUAUACAGGGCGUCACAACCAAUGUCAUAGACAUGCCUCACCAUUAUGUUGAAGUUCAUCCAAAUAUACGGAAGGAAUUCUGGGACCCACAACAUUGGCCAAAACAUAUUCUUGUCAGAUAUACUUGGGAGGAGAGAUCAGAAAUAGAUGUUCAAGGAGGAUUUUAUGCACUUUUCGGAUAUGGGGUCGUUGUAUCAUUCAUCCUAGCAAUCUACAUCUUACAGUCCUCUCAAGACAAGCUGGCAAGGUUUGUCAGGGAGAGUGUGACUGAAAGCAACAUACCUGGUGGAGAGGCAAAGGUUGAAUGAGGGAGUUUUAUGAAAUUGAUGUACCAUUCCAUGCAUUGCCGUCUCAAAAAUGAGUGAGGAUGCCCCUUCUUCAAUGCUUUCCAAAGAGCUUCACGGAUCCUGCUCUAAAUUUUCUAAUCUAUUACUUUAUCAAAUUGAAUUGUGAACCCUCCUUGGUUCCCUUUUUGUGCAACUCUUGACAUCUUGUGAUAUAUAACUUCCUUGUAAUGUUCUCUCUAUAAGUUAUGAUGGGAUAUGACAGUUAACUCUUCCAAAAAAAAUGUAUGAUGGGAGAUGAGAUUUUGAGGUUGUAUGAGAGGCAAUUUUAUACUAAAGGAUAUUCAAGUCAUUUAGGGCUUUUCUGCUAUUUCUCA